AUGGCUACCACUACCAGAACUGAAACUCAAGCUCAAUUGCAAUUGAAUGCCACCAUUGAUAACCCAUUGGCUUCCGUCUACAACAGCAAGGACUGGUCUGAUUUCACAUUUUCUCCAAUCAGAGAAGCCACUGUUAACAGAGCCAUGAUUCAACGUUACGCUGCCGAUAUGGACAAAUUCGCUGAAUCCGAUGUCAUCAUUGUUGGUGCCGGUUCAUCUGGUUUAUCUGCCGCAUACGUCAUUGCUAAGAACAGACCUGACUUGAAGAUUGCCAUUAUUGAAUCCUCAUUGGCUCCCGGUGGUGGUUGUUGGGUCUCUGGUCAAUUAUUAAGUGCCAUGGUUAUCAGAAAGCCAGCUCAUUUAAUCCUUGAUGAUUUAGAAAUUGCUUACGAAGACGAAGGUGAUUAUGUCGUUGUCAAGCACGCAGCCCUUUUCACUGCUACUGUUCUAUCCAAGGUUUUGGCUUUCCCAAAUGUUAAAUUGUUCAAUGCUACAUCAGUGGAAGAUUUAGUCACCAAACCAAACGCCACUGGUGGUAUUACCGUUGCUGGUAUUGUGACCAAUUGGACUUUAGUCACCAUGGCUCACGACACGCAAAGUUGCAUGGACCCUAAUGUGUUUGAAUUAUCUGGUUUCAAAGCUGAUGGAUCAGUGGACAAGGAAGUCAAGACUGGUGUUAUCUUAUCUACUACAGGUCACGAUGGCCCAUUUGGUGCCUUCUGUGCCAAGAGAAUCGUCAACAUCGAUGACUCAAGGAAAUUGGGCGGUAUGAAACCUUUGGAUAUGAACCGUGCUGAAGACGGUGUGGUAAGAAACUCCGGUGCUUAUGCUGGUGUCGAGAACAUGUAUUUUGCCGGUAUGGAAGUUGCUGAAUUGCAUGGACUACCAAGAAUGGGUCCAACUUUUGGUGCCAUGUUGGCAUCUGGUGUCAAGGCCGGUUGUGACAUCUUGGAACACUUUGCCUAA